UCAAAUAAUCGCUAUCAAACAAAAACACAUUGUUUGUACUAAUGGAGCCAUGUAUCCGAUUGUAUAUAUAUAACGUGUAGCAAUUUUUGUUAGAAUACGAGCAUUAGCUAGCUAGAUAUGAAUUAAACCAGAACUUUAUAUAUAGCUAGCUAGCUAACUUUUUUUACAUUGACGUUACUGUAUCUAGCUACUGUAGCUAAAUUUGUGCGCUAGUUAGUAUUUUCAGUCUUGUAGGGUAUGUUGAGAUGUAGUAGAUAAGCAAGCUAUAUGAAUAAAUCAAGAUGGUUAACUCCAUUUUAUAUCCUUGACUUGGUCAUUUCAAAAUGUCUAGACUAGUAGUGGGCGGUUUUAUUAGAGGUCAACACAAUCGGAUCUGCUACAGGCAGGUCAAGUAACGUUAGGAAUUUAGGGGUUUAUUAUGGCCGAGGACAAGAUUGAUGAGUGACUCGUGUGUGAUCUGACUUCUGUGUGAUUGCUAGCAAGUCAUUAACGUUACUCAUCACUUAUGACUGCAGGUGUAACCAAAUCUGAUCCUCUGAUGUGCUUUGGCUUUCUCAGAGGCAGCUUGUCCGACUCUUUAAUCCACAUAAGACCCUGACACUGCUUUAAAGCCAUCCAAGCUGUUGAGUUUCUUCUGCUGCAAAUCUGGGUCAGUACAGAGUGUAGUGGAAGUAUACAGUGGCUCUACAUUUUGAGAGCUACUUUGGACAUUGAUAAUAUCGCGUUUACUUGAUGUCACUUUGAGAGAAAUGUUUGAUUUGCGUUCUGAAUUUAGUGUAUAAUUCAGCGGUAGCUUUUUAUUUUUCAGUGUAGCCAUGUAGUGCUGUUGUUCAGUCAGUGAAAAGUGAAGAACACUGCAGAAUUGGAGAGCAGUUGAGGCCAGACACCGGGAUGGAGCAGGACAUUGCUGCACUGGAGCUGGUAGAAGUGCGAAAGUUACAUGAAUUAGUGCGGAGACUGGAAAUUCAAAAUGAAUCUCUAAGUGAGAGGCGAAGAAAUAUCAACACCAACAACCAGGCUCUCUCUGGUGUGCUUAUCAGCUGUCCCUCUUCGCUGGAGGAAAGUCAAAAUUGCUGUGAUUUGCUGGACCCUGAACCAGCAGAUGUCAACGGUGGGGAUGGUAUAUCUCCACCUCCUCUUGAAAGCCCCAGAGAUACACUAGUGGGGCAGGAUGGACACGUCUAUGAUGGCUGUUAUGCACACUUGCCCCACAGUGACAUAUUGGAGGAGACACACAGGCAGGGAUGCUUGGGGUCAGAGGAGCUGGUGGACAGGAGGGACACAGAGAAGAGAGCAGAGCAGUCUUCUCUGGAGCUGGUGGACCUCCUGGACCUAGAGGAGGGCUGUGAGGUGGAGAAUGAAGUAAGCUGGUUAUAUGAGUCACCCAAGAAACGGGCAUCUGCUGAGGGAAGCGAUGAGUCCCCUCUAAAGUGGUGCAGACAGGUCCUGGACAACCCCAGCCCUGAAACAGAGGUGGCAUGUCGCACACUAAUUAAUAUCCUGGACCAAAAGACGAGAUGGAGGAGUUUCUUUAGCAGUCGCUCUCACAGACAUCCUGUAGCCUUCCCUGACACUGGCUAUCUCUGCAUGGGCUCACCUUCCCCUCGGUACCACAGAUCAACUGACAGAAGUCAACAAACCAACAAACCUAACAGCUCAGAUGACAAUGAUGCUAUUUUACCACCCUCAAUGGACGAGAAUGAGCCGAGUUUCUCAGAUGACUCCAUCACCAUGGGUUACAGGCUGCAGGACCUUACUGAUGUCCAGAUCAUGGCUCGCAUGCAGGAAGCGAGUUUACGACAGGACUAUGCCUCCAUCCCUGCUGCCGCCACACCAUUCAGGAGUCCUGGUGCAUCCAUGCUGUCACCUUCUAAUUAUAGCUACAGUGAUCUGGAGUUUGACAAGUAUAGCCUGGAGGACACAGUCGCAUACACACCUCCUCCCAGCCAGCUGCCCCACUACCGGCGUUCCCCAUUGGGCCAGUCACCCAGUGCCAUAGCCCAGCCUGGUUACAGCAGCCAGCUGCCAAGGCCUCCCAGUCAGGCCACCACUCAAUCUAAGCUGCUUAAGCUCGCAAAGAGCAGAGAGGGGCUGAGAAGCAACAUGUACAACCUGGAUUCAACUCCUCCUCGCACCAGCCUCCGCUCUCUCCAGGCAGUCAGGACCAGCCGCAACCUGGAGGCCAAUGGCCAGCUCCUCACAGACCACCCCACCUCCCGCCUCACCUUCCCUGUGGCAGGUUCAACCAGGUCUCCACCAGGUGAGUCUUCAGUCAAGCUUAGGAGUGGUGGCCGAUCUUCAUCUGUUUCUGCCAAAAUCUUGAGCUCCAGUGACCCUGCUACUGGAGCAGCACGGCAGUCCCUGAGAGAAUCAUUUCAGGCCUCGUCUAUUAGAGGGCUGCCGAGAGUCCAGUCCUUCAGCCCCUCUGGUUUGAGGAUCCCCUGUCCCAGUAAGGACUUUUCAGUUGGAGGGUACCUGUCAAGUCAUGGUCGUGUCUAUGCCUCCCCUGAGAGGUCCACUACCCUGGCUUGGGGCAGACUGGGGCAGCCUGCCAAUGCCCAUAGGUAAAAAGGUGUACUCAACGUUUCUCUGUAAUUCCUCAGUAAUCUGUAACAUACUCUCACUCAAAAUAACUCCACUUAAUGUAUUAAAGCACAUUAAACAGUA